GGGUAAAUCCUAAAACUCGCGUCCUCAGCCAAACCGGUUCGGUACACAGUGGGGGGGGGGGUCACAACGUCACAACGUGUACUCACACUCUUCACACCACACCCUUCACACCACACUCUUCACACCACACCAUUCACACCACACCUUUCACACCACACCCUUCACACCACACCCUUCACACCACACCCUUCACACCACACUCUUCUCACACCACACCAUUCACACCACACCAUUCACACCACACCAUUCACACCACAUCAUUCACACCACACCCUUCCCACCACACCAUUCACACCACACCCUUCACACACCACACCCUUCACAUCACACUCUUCACACCACACCUUUCACACCAAACCCUUCACACCACACUCUUCUCACACCACAUUCACACCACACUCUUCUCACCUUUCACACCAAAUUCACACCACACCAUUCUUCACACCCACCACCAUUCACACCACACUCUUCACACCACACCUUUCACACCACCCUUCACACCACACUCUUCACACCACACCUUCACACCACACCCCUUCACACCACUCUUCUCACACCACACCAUUCACACCACACCUUCACACCACACCUUUCACCACACUCUUCUCACACCACACCAUUCACACCACACCCUUCACACCACACCUUUCACACCACACUCUUCUCACACCACCAUUCACACCACACCAUUCACACCACACCAUUCUUCAUUCACACCACACCCUUCACAUCAUUCACACUCUUCUCACACCACACCCUUCACACCACAACUCUUCUCACACCACACCCUUCACACCACACUCUUCUCACACACCCUUCACACCACUCUUUCACACCACACCAUUCACACACACCUUUCCCUCUUCACUCUUUCUCACCUUUGUCUCCUUGUCUCCUUUAUGCAGGCCACUUCCUCUUUUAUCCCCAAACACACCCUGGCUCAUUGA